CGUCGCCGUACUGGGAAACGCAAAUCAGGCUCUCGGUUACUACGCAACGAAAAGCCUCUUCCGGCACGCUCAACGUGUGUUUGUUGUCUUAAUACGGAUUUAACUUAGCAUUUAGCUAGCUUAGCGUUUUUUAAUAUACCGAGUUAUAACUUUAACCCUAACCCGGGCUGCUAGUUAGUUAAUGCUAACAGCUAACGCUAACCCGGGCUGCUGGUUAGUUAAUGCUAACAGCUAACGCUAACCCGGGCUGCUGGUUAGUUAAUGCUAACAGCUAACGCUAACCCGGGCUGCUAGCGGCUCCUCGGCGCAGGCCAUGGCGGACGGCUGGAACACGGACACGGGCGAGGCGGUGUAUCGGACCCGGGAUGCGAUUAAAAACCUGAAGAUAAAGGUGCGUGUGGAGAAGGUCACGUCCACGGCGGCUCUGUCGCAGCACCUCCAGCAGCAGGUUCUGUCCCAGCAAGACAGGGGAGACGUCGAACUGGCCACCUUCAUCUCACAAGGCCCAGCAGAUGACACAGAAGAGGAGCAGGUGGUGGGCUGGCAGGAGAAACUCUUCAGUCAGUAUGAAGUUGAGCUGUUCCAGUGUGAGGCUGUGUGUCAAACCCCUUUGGAGAGACAGUAUCACAAUGAAGUCAAGGCCUUGGCCCGGACUAAGGGCCGACGGAACCACAGGAUCUUCACCUACACGGACCACGACCGCUACACCAGCCACCUCCCGCUGCACCAGCUGCAUUCCCAAGAUUUAGUGACCACCGCCAAGGCCACGCCCACCUUCCUGGCUGAGAGGAUGGCCAACGUGAGACACCGGCGGCAGGAGCGACGCACCAUGGACUCCAGCAUCCCCAAGUCCAAGCUGAUCACCUGGGAGCCCUCAGAGGAGUUUGUGAGGAGCAGCCACAUGGUGAACAACGCCAUGCAGACCAUGCACAUCAUGGGAGACCUGGCUCCCCCGGGGAGACUGGGCCACAAAGAGUAUGAGUGUGUGCUGUUAACCAUAAGAACCGACGGCAACGGGAUAGUCAUCGUUAAACCCGACUUCAACAAAGGCAAAGAGCCUUACAGGAUUGAAACAGAGGGGGAGAAGAGAGAGGUGUGGCGCCUCACUGUGGAGAACGUGUGCACAGCAAUGAAAUCAGAGGAGAAGGAGAGGGAGCAGCACAUGUACAAGGACCUGUACGUCAGGCACAAGGAGUACCUCAACAGCCUGGUCGGCCAGGAGUUUGAAACGCCUCUCCCAGGUGUUCUCCGGCUCAUGGUGAACGGAGAGAUAGUCUCUGCCAAGGGCUUUGAAUAUGACAAUUUAUACAUCCACUUCUUCAUGGAGCUGCCUAACAACUGGUCCAGCCUGCCCUUCUGGUCUCUGUCAGGAGUCACUCAGACGUGUCGGACCAAGGCUUCAGGCCAGGACAACGUGGCUUUCUUCAGCUACCCCUUCACCUUUGAGGCCUUCCAGAACAACGAGAAAGAGCCUGGAGAGUCCUGCCUCCAGUGGCCCGUGAUGUACUUCAAGGUCCUUUCUCUUGACUUCUGGCAGCGCUAUCGAACGGAAGGCUACGGCUACCUGGUGCUUCCUGUAACACCUGGUAAACAUGUGAUCACGUGCCACGCGUGGCGCCCUCUGCAGACGGGGACAGUAUCUGUGCUCAGGCGCUUCUUUAUCGGAGGUUCUCCUGAACUUGAGGACCACAGUUACGUCAGAGUCCCAGGAACCUUCAAGGGACAGAGGCUGAGUCGCUUUGGUUUUCGCAGUGAGACUACAGGAAGUGUGACAUUCACCUUGCACUGUAUACAGCAAGCCAGGGCGUUUGUUGAUGCCAGCUUGUUGAAGAAGAAGAGGCAGAGAGUUUUUGAUCAGCUGGGCGGCCUCAGUCAGCAGGGAGCCGUCUACAGCGUCCUGGAGGCGUUCCAGAGGGCCAGGAGGCGAAUGCAGGAGGCCAGGCAGAAUCUUCCCAGCGACCUCAUCAACACGUCAAAGCUCCAGACUCUGACUCCGUAGAUGACAGAGUCUCAUCCUGUCACACAGGCUGUGUUAGUAAAAGAACAAAUGGCUGGACAGGACGGAGGUUGGAGCAGAGGCAGCGUUGAGCGUUCAGGAAAACGAUGGAAGAGUUGCUGCUUGCAUUUCCAGGUGUUUGCCGUGGACUCUGGGAUGACCAGCAGGUUUAGCACAAAGGCUUCCAGGAAUUUUAGCGUCAGUGACGAACAUGCUAGGGAAGGUUGAUAAUAUUGGUCAAACGUGAAUUUCAGGGGUGAUGAAUAGCUAGCAAAGCCAUAUACCUUUUUAUGUAAUCAAGCAUAUUUUUGUACAGACUCUAAGUUUCUGAACUAAGUAAUAAAUGGUACAUGCUUGAAAAUC